AUGCUCCGUCUAAGCCCCGACCCAAGCUUCCACUUCGAAAUCCUCCGCGCCGUCUCCAUAGCGCCCUACCAAGGCGCCGACGUAGGCGAAGUCCUCACCGCCGCAGCGAGCAUCCAGCCCGGCGACUUCGAGAGCUACUACGCUGCCUUCCGCGCCCUCGCCCUCCGCGUGCGCAGACAGGCCGCCGGCAUCGAUGCCGCCCGGCACCCCGUCUCCGCCAGGAACGCCUACUUCAGGGAGGCCACCUACCUCCGCUCGGCAGAGUUCUUCCUCCACGGCAACUGGGACGACGAGCGCAUCAAGACGACGUGGGACGAGCACAGGGCCGCCUUCGACAAGGCCAUUGCGCUGCUGCCCGUGCCGGGACAGAGAGCCGACCUGCGGGCCGAGGGCUUCCACGUCCCCAUCGUCUUCUACGGCUGCGGACGGCCCGGCCGGCAUCCGACCGUCAUCAUGUGCAACGGCUACGACGGCUCGCAGGAGGAGCUGUACCACGUCGCCGUCGAGGCAGCGCUCUCCCGGGGCAUCAACGUCAUCACGUACGAAGGGCCGGGCCAGCCCACCGUCCGCCGCGAGCAAGGGCUCGGCUUCACCCACCACUGGGAACGCGUCGUCUCCGUCGUCAUCGACUACGCCCUGGCACGAGACGACGUCCAGCUGGACGCCAUCGGCCUCUGGGGGUACUCCCUGGGCGGCUUCCUCGCCGCCCGCGCCGCCGCCAUGGAGCCGCGCUUCGAGCCUCGCAUCGCCGCCGUCAUGGCCAUCGACGGCGUCAGCGACUUUGGCGCAGCGGUACUCAAGAAAUUUCCUCCAGAGCUGCUCGCCCUCUUCAACGCCGGCAACAAGGAGGCCUUUGACCAGGGCGUCGCCUCUGCCGUGUCAAGCCCCAACGCGCCGACCCCUCUGCGCUGGGCCGUUGAUCAGGGGCUGUGGGCGUUCAACACCAAGUCGCCCUUCGAGUGGGCGACCAGGUGCCUCGACUUCAAGCUGGGCGAUGCCGUCCGCCAUAUCGGAGUCCCGUUCUUCGUGGCUGACGCGGAGAAUGACGAUUUGUUGCCUGGGCAGGCAAAGGCGCUUGCGGAUGCGGUUGGAGAGCUGGCGACGUAUCAUUUGUUUUCGGCCGAGGACGGGGCGGGGGAGCACUGCUCCAUUGGCGCGGCUGUGCUUCAGAACCAAGUUGUUUUCGAUUGGUUUCAGGACGUGGUAUCGAAAAAUUAA